CAUACCACGAGCACUUCGGCGAUGCUCGGCUUGUCCUUCGCGUCCCUUUAUGCUCGUGAGUAUCGAACAAUGGCUAAUCUAGUUCUCAAGAUGGUUCUUGAUAAGGUUCAAGUAUCGCCCUGAAAAUUUCCGAUCCGCAGCAUCUUUACAAUUCACAUAUCAAGACAUACUCAUUUACUUACAAGAAAACAAUCAUCAUGCAAUUAUCAGCGGCAAAAGUCGCCUUCAUCCUGGCCUUCAUCUCGGCCCAGGCUGGCGCCCUCCCAGCUCCUUCUGCGCACGAUGGAUCCGUGGGACAAGGAAGCCAUGCCCACAGUGGUUGGCAGGGGGGCCAAGGUCACGGCGGCCAAUAUGGCGGACCUGGCGCAAUGGCCCAAGGUCACGCUGGGGGACAUGGAGGCCCUGGUGGCAGUUGCGGAGGUUCCUAUUUCGGCGGCAUGGGUGGCAAUCGAGGCAACCACGGGCCCAGCCCCGACGAAGAAUUCGAUGAAAUUCUUGAGCGCCGCCACAGCGAUGCCAAGUUCCGUGGACCCCAGGGCAAAACCCUGGCCUACCCUGCACAUUUCCGCGAUGGCCAGCGCCUGCACCAAAAGGGCGAACAUGGACCCAUGCCUGACGAGGGAGAGUUCGAGGGCGACGAGGACUCACACCUCGAGCGCCGGCACAACUAUAUCACGCAACCAAUGGCCAACUGGAAGUGGUGGCAGAACCAAGGCAAAAAGGGCGGCAUCCAAAUCAAGGCGGGCAACCCGAACGUGUACCCGAUCGAUAUGAAGGACGACCCGAUCAUGGACCGGCUUCCCUGGAAGCGUGAUGUCGAGGACGACGAGGUGGUCGAAGAGGACGAGGCGCAGAUGGAAAAGAGAGGAUGGAUCCAUCCUACGCGCCCAGAGCAGGUCGAUCUGACUUUCCACGGUGGUUUCAGGGACCACAAGACGCCGAAGAAGGGCAACUAA